AUGGCUUCCUCCCUCGGCGACAACCUCAACCUUCUCUCGCCUCAACAGCAAGAGUUGGUGAAGAUGCUAUUGGAGAACGGCCAAGACCACCUGUUUCGAGAUUGGCCUCCUCCCGGAGUCGAUGACGACCACAAGAAAGCGUUUUUCGACCAGCUGAUUCUACUCAAUUCGAGUUACCCUGGCGGUUUGGAAUCAUACAUCAAAAACGCUAAACAGCUUUUGGCUGAUUCUAAGGCUGGCAAAAACCCCUUCCAUGGCUUCACUCCUUCCGUUCCAACCGGUGAGACAUUGACAUUUGGUGAUGAGAAUUACAUCAACUUUGAGGAAACAGGUGUACAUGAAGCUCGGAAAGCGGCAUUUGUUCUUGUUGCUGGUGGUCUUGGUGAGCGUUUAGGAUACAGUGGGAUUAAGCUUGCUCUUCCCGCAGAAACCACUACUGGAACAUGUUUCAUACAGCAUUACAUUGAAUCUAUAUUGGCUCUUCAAGAAGCCAGAUCACAAGGUGAAUCCAAAGCACAGAUUCCUCUUGUUAUUAUGACAUCUGAUGACACUCAUGGACGUACUUUAGAGCUACUAGAAUCAAAUUCUUAUUUUGGUAUGCAACCCUCACAAGUAGCACUUUUAAAGCAGGAAAAAGUUGCAUGUUUAGAAGAUAAUGAUGCCAGACUUGCAUUGGAACCACAAAACAAGUACAAAAUUCAGACAAAACCUCAUGGGCAUGGUGAUGUGCAUUCACUUCUUUAUUCAAGCGGGAUUCUGAAAGUAUGGUAUGAUGCUGGGUUGAAAUGGGUUCUAUUUUUUCAAGAUACAAAUGGACUUCUCUUCAAGGCAAUUCCAGCAGCACUGGGAGUCAGUGCUUCCAAACAGUACCAUGUUAACUCUCUUGCAGUACCUAGGAAAGCAAAAGAAGCUAUUGGUGGAAUCACCAAACUCACUCACUCUGAUGGGAGGUCUAUGGUGAUAAAUGUUGAAUACAAUCAGCUAGAUCCUCUUCUCAGAGCGAGUGGAUACCCUGAAGGUGAUGUAAAUUGUGAGACUGGCUACUCCCCAUUUCCUGGAAAUAUUAACCAAUUGAUUUUAGAGCUUGGUCCUUACAUGGAAGAGCUCUCAAAAACAGGAGGUGCCAUACAGGAGUUUGUUAACCCAAAGUAUAAAGAUGCCAGCAAAACGUCAUUUAAGUCUUCAACUCGACUUGAAUGUAUGAUGCAAGACUAUCCAAAAACAUUGCCCCCAUCCGCCAGGGUUGGAUUCACGGUCAUGGAAGCAUGGCUUGCUUAUGCACCUGUGAAGAAUAAUGCUGAAGAUGCUGCUAAGGUGCCAAAAGGAAAUCCAUACCAUAGUGCAACCUCUGGAGAAAUGGCCAUCUAUCGUGCAAACAGCAUUAUUCUUAGAAAGGCCGGUGUUCAAGUAGCAGAUCCAGUUGUGCAGGUCUUCAAUGGCCAAGAAGUUGAAGUUUGGCCUCGUGUCACAUGGAAACCAAAAUGGGGUCUAACUUUUUCUCGGAUCAAGAGCAAAGUCAGUGGAAAUUGUUCCAUUUCCCUAAGGUCUACACUGGCCAUUAAAGGUCAACAUAUUUUUAUUGAAAAUCUGUCCUUAGAUGGGGCUUUAAUCAUUGAUGCUGUGGAUGAUGCAGAGGUAAACGUGAGUGGUUCAGUUCAAAAUAAUGGUUGGAUCCUUGAAACUGUGGACUACAAAGAUUCCACAGAGCCUGAGGUAUUGAGAAUCAGGGGUUUUAAAUUUAACAAAACUGAGCAGCUGGAAGCGAAAUACUCUGAGCCUGGCAAAUUUCAGUUGAAGGCUUGA